AUUAAACCACCCUCUGCCAAAUUGCACGUGUCCAGCAGUUCUGCGCAUGUGUCCUUGACACCCUUCAAAAGGCAGCCUUCUGUUGUAAUCACAAUUUUUUUUCCUUGAAAUCAAAGCAGUUUUCUCCUGCUUCUUCAGCGUUAGUCAUAGUGAUUUAGUUAGUGUAGGCGACACAAGUUCAGUUCCCCCGAAAUGGACCAUAUUUGGCAGAAUAUUACAACGGCACUGGAAGUUCCUUCUGAUGUGGCUGAUAAGUGGCUGAUCAAACUGAAGAAACAAUAUUCAUUGCCCAACAGGUACUACCACAGUGAAAAGCAGAUGAUUCACAAAAAGGCAGAACAUCUCUCCGGGGCGAGUGUUUGCCUUCAGCUGGCGUCCUUGUUUCAGUACUAUCAUUUCGAUGCUGGAAAGGACAGUGUCAGGGAAAACUGUGAUGUUCUGAAGGAAUUUUUGGUCGAUGCCAAAUUAGAUAAUAAAACGCUGGAAAACAAUAUUUUACAACUUCUUGGUGAUGUUAGCGUGGAAAGCGUGGACCUGCCGGAAGAUGAUGUGCUUUACUUCCAAGACUUGGAUCUUCUUAUUUUAGGGUAUUCCCCGGAAGAAUACAAGCAAUACACUGUGCAACUAAGACAAGAAUAUUCUGCAAUUGACACGGAAUCGUACAACAAAAUGAGGUUGAAGAUUCUCCAAACCUUCAACCGUAUACCAUUCAUUUACGCCACAAAAGCGUUUAGUGAAAAAUACGAAUCAGCUGCCAGAGCUAACAUUGAAAAUGAAAUUAAGGAAUUGGAAAACCAGUAGUUUUGCGGAACCAACAUAGUAUUGGUGUUGUGUGCAGCUUUUACCUGUUUGCAAAUAAGUUGUAAAGAAUAAACGAAAAUAAAGUAAUAUGGUGUAACACA